AUGAGCCCUGCUGAGGCACAAGAAGCGUUCGAUGGUCUCGCAAAUCUUUUGGGACCGUUGCUGGAAAGGAUUGGACAAGCACUCAACAUGCACGUUUCAGUGUUUGUGGGCGGCCCAGAGCCAAGGUUGGGGGGGAACAUCAAUGUGAUAAGUGUUCAUCACGGCGUCAACAAGGCACCCUCACCGCAGGUUUGGCCUUACGCCGAUAAAGCCAAGUUUGCAUUGGUAAAGGAUGCGUAUAUCGAGUUUCUGAGCACAUGCUACUCACCUGAAGAACGAAGACGGCGCGCUCUCCCUGAUGCCCCCAAUUCAGAUAACCAACCAACCAACAACGAUGUCGAUAUGACCACCCUCGACUCCCCGCAUAUCAGUCCCGAGGAGAAUGAACCCACUCUCGACACAUCGACUGUCUCAACUCACUCGGCAACAGAUCCCCUUGAUGCCACAAAAGCAACGGCAAAAUGGAAGCGAGGAAAGGAACAUCGCAAGGGGCCAGUGGCCAAGAAGAGGGUAACAUCCAAGAAGGGGGCAGCAGCCAAAAAGGGAGCGGCAGCCAAGAAGGGAGCGGCAGCCAAGAAGGGAGCGGCAGCCAAGAAGGGAGCAGUAUCCAAGGGGAAGAAGAAGCGACGCGAUGAGUCUGACGAAGAAGAAUCGGACUCAGAGAGCGUGGAGGACUCUGAAGAGGCGAGCUCAUCUGAAUCAUCCAGCGAUGGUGAAGACGAGGACAGUGCAGAUGAAUGCCCCAUUCAGGCUCUGGGUGCGAGACGUAGCACCAGGAAGACGACGAUGGAUCCCGCACGCCCAGACACAGAAGACCUUCCAAUUGAUCCCGCGGUCAUCGGUCCUUCGAAUUCUCUCGUUCCACGUCAGCCAUCUCCCUCCCUUGCGUCCCAACCACUCGUUCCCUCUGCCCCUACUCAGCCCUCUGCUCCUCUCGUUCCGUGUCAGCCAUCUCCCUCCCUCGCCCAACCACUCGUUCCCCCCGCCCCCGUUUCUACCGAACCAUCUCUUGCCUUAGCAUUGCAGCCAAUCGUCACCUCAACUCCCACACCGUCGCUUCCAGAUCCAAAGUGGCCGGAGUGGUUUCUGAGAGGCUAUGAGCUUCUAUCAGCACAAGAUCUUGGCCUGGCAUUCACAAAAACCAUCAAGCUGUAUGUGGAGUUGGAGGCUUGCAGCAACUUCAACGUCGGAGGCAUCCAUAUGGGAUUUAAGAAAACAAGUCGGCCCUCACAGGUGGAUUGGUGGGUCGGCCGUGGCCGUAGCAAGGCACCCCUUAUCCAGGAUGUCGCAUCUUUCGAAAGGAGCUGGUGGACAUGGUGGAAGGUUCUUCAGCCGAGUUGGCACAACGCUGCGGGAGUAGAUGGCCGUUUAGGUAGUUCCCAUCGUACUGUCCUCACAGGAGAUGAGGGGUGGUCAGUAAUGGACAAACAUGGCCAGAACGUGUUUCUGACCAUGCUCGCGACCCUCGUCUGGUGGAAUUCCGGUCUCCUGGACAAGGGGAAAGAGGGGGUCAAUGACCCAGGUUGGAUAGCUGCUGUGGAGGAUGUGCAGUGGGUCUUGUCCCAGGUUCUGGGUUGGAAAGCGACACUUGCUCCCCAAGUCACCUCAACUGCCAAGUCAACCAAGCAGACGAUGACUGCGAAAAAGCACAAGCGCUAA